AUGGACCACGGAUACAAGAAUAGUGGAAGAGGUGCCAGGUCGGAAAGAGAGACCAGGGCAAGUAAUGCAAUCGAGCUAAGAACUCAGAAGAGGGACGGAAUGCUUCAGAAAAAACGCACGCAUGCAUCUGUUGGUGAGGAAACCACAAGCAAAGUUAGUUUACUAGUUGAGCAAGUAAAUUCAAAAGAUCCAACUGAAAUAAUAAAGGGGGUGACAGAGUUUAGACGGUUGCUGAGUGCUGCAAGGUGUCCUCCUAUUGACACUGUGGUGAUGAACGGGCUGACUCCUAUUUUCACAAAGCUAAUGAACCCAGACAAUCCUUUAUACACCACCAUGGCAGAAGAACUUGCUGUGCGAAUUAUGCACGAGUCUGCGUGGGUGCUUACAAAUAUUGCAUCAGGGAAUACUGCACAGACUAUGGCGGUGGUUAAGUCGGGCGCCCUUCCAAAUUUGGUUAAGUUGUUGUACAUAGAUAACCUUCUUCUUCAGGACCAGGCAAUUUGGGGCAUCAGUAACAUAGCUGGUGACUGUGAAGAAGGAAGAGACCAUGCGAUUAAAGCGGAGGCAGUGGAUCCAAUGAUAUAUAUGAUAAAUAAGGAAAUGGACAAGGUCGAGAUCAAUAUUCCUCUGCUAAGGAACCUGUCCUGGGCUAUUAGUAACUUAAACCGAGGAAGAAAUCCUCCUCCGUUCAUUGGGCAUACUGAAAAGUGUCUUCCCGUGAUAAUUAAGCUUAUUUCCACCACAGACACAGACAUUAUAGUGGAUGCGUACUGGGCACUGAGUUACAUGUGUGAUGCAGGUGCUAAUCAGGCAAAUAUGGUUAUUUCAACAGGGAUUGUGGCAGAAUGUGCUGAGCAUCUGGCUGCGUACUAUAAAACAGCCAUGAAGGGGGAUACUAUGCAGUUGCACUUGAAAGAGCAAAUGCUUUCUCCUAUAAUAAGAAUAUUUGGAAACAUAGCAACGUACGAUGAUGAACAGACUGACUAUAUCCUGAGCCUCGGAAUUCUGGGCACAUUAAAGGGCCUGAUCAAUUUACCAUUUGAGAAUAAGAAGGCAUCUAGGAUAAAGAAGGAGAUUUGCUGGCUUAUUUCAAAUAUAACAGCAGGUACCCCAGAUGAGGUGGACGAGGUGAUAAAGCACGGAUUUUUAGAAAUACUCGUGAAUAUAAUGAAAACAGCCGACAGCCAAGUCCGUUCAGAAGCCUGCUGGGCCAUAUGCAAUGCAACGAUUCAAGUGGACAAGGGCAUAGCACAUGCAAAGGAAGUGGCAGAGGCUGGUGUAAUCCAAGGAUUUUCUUCUUUCCUUUCCUCUGUAGUGAAUGAUGCCAAACUUAUUUCUGUUAUUCUUGAUGCAAUUUUAAGUCUGCUAAACUGGGCAGAAAAAGAGUCUUUUGGAGGAGAAAACAUGAUUGCGGUUGAGAUUGAAAGUUGUGAGCUCUUGGGCUACAUUGAAGAAUUACAAUCUGCAAGUAAUUACGCCGUUGCUGCUGGAGCAGAAGCCAUUAUAAGAAGAUACUUUGAUGGACAAUAA